UAGGUUGUUACAAGUGUAUUGGUAUGUUUCUAUAAAAUAUCAUUAACUAGACCGUUCCCUCCCGAUCUCGCCUUCGCAGACGUGUAUUUCCAUUGUUAGAGCGGUCAGUCGAUCAUCUUGUCAAUUAUAAUAGGUCAUCUUUGAUUAAGCGUUGGAGAGCCUGCAUUUGCGUGCGCAGCUGUGACGUCGGCCAACGAAUCCCAAGACUGGAGGACCCGGUUUGCGCUGUCGGCGUGCAUUUGUGUGUGACUGGAAACAUGUCGGCAAGGAUUGUGCACACCGGAAGAUCAAUGAAAUCUACCAAAACCUAAAGAACCAGUGCAAUUUCACAAUUUAAAAGAAUUUGACAUAGUCCAGGACCCUUUUCCACGGUUGUGUUACCUCUCUGACUCGCGUUUUAGCCUAUUCAGUGGUAGAAGUAUCCAAAACGAAUGGUGGAAGUCGAAUAGAGUCUCGAAGUAGGCUAGGCCGAGUGGAGAGUGAAGGGCUCGGCAGGUAGAGACGAGCGCUCGCUUUUGAGGAAUGUUAUCCGUACUCUCCUAUGGAAGAUUGGUUGCGAGGGCUGUCCUUGGCGGACUCUCUCAAACUGAUGGUCGGGACUACAGCCUGGUCACAGCUAGUUGUGGGUUUGGGAAAGACUUUCGUAAGGGGAUAUUGAAGAAAGGGAUGUGCUACGGGGAUGACGCUUGUUUCAUUGCCCGGCAUAGGUCCGCCGAUGUAUUGGGUGUGGCGGAUGGUGUAGGUGGAUGGAGGGACUACGGGGUGGACCCGUCCCAGUUCUCUGCCACCCUGAUGAGGACGUGUGAGCGGCUGGUGAAGGAGGGCCGCUUCACCCCCAGCAGCCCUGUGGGGAUCCUCACGUCAGGCUACUAUGAGCUUCUACAGAACAAAGUACCCCUGCUAGGGAGCAGCACAGCCUGUAUUGUGGUUUUGGACCGACGGAGCCAUCAACUGCACACGUGUAAUCUAGGUGACUCUGGUUUCCUGGUGGUGCGAGGGGGAGAAGUGGUGCACCGCUCGGAUGAACAGCAGCACUACUUCAACACCCCUUUUCAGCUGUCCAUUGCUCCCCCAGGUGCAGAGGGAGUGGUACUCAGUGACAGCCCUGAGGCAGCUGACAGCUCCUCCUUCGACGUCCAGUUGGGUGACAUCAUCCUGACUGCCUCGGAUGGCCUCUUCGACAACAUGCCCGACUACAUGAUCCUGCAAGCGCUCAAAAAGCUCAAGAGUACCAACUAUGACAGCAUCCAGCAGACCGCACAGAGCAUUGCAAAGCAAGCCCAUGAACUGGCCUAUGACCCCAACUACAUGUCCCCUUUUGCUCAGUUUGCCUGUGACAAUGGUCUGAAUGUAAGAGGGGGGAAGCCUGAUGACAUCACGGUGCUGCUGUCCAUUGUGGCAGAAUACACAGACUAAGUGUGUGUGAUGUUUAUUGGAACUGUUCACUUCCUUCCCUCUGUCAGUCUUCCACCUGGCUCCUUCUCAAAUGCAUUGCUUCGUGUUGGACAGACUGGGGAGGCCCCCCCAUCCCUUCACUGACCUUUCUAUCUCACAGCCACAAAAUAGAACACACACUCCUCACCACAGAAUUGGGCUCCAUCUCUAUUCUUCCAUUUUGUUUUGGUACUGUAGUGAGGAGGCAGGCUGCAAGGACUUUCUCAUGUUGAUCGUGAUGCAGAAGGGCAUGUUGGUUCCCCACAUUCAGACUACGACUGAAUGGCAGUCCUGAGUGUAGGCAAGUUUGCUUUUGCAGGGAGUUGUGCUCGGUAGCCCUGAAACAAGCAGCGGUGUUAUACAUCAAAUAAGCCAUGCUUUGGAGUUGUUGGGGAGAUGUGUUUGUGUUGCCUAUACAUUUUGAUUCUGUCUGUGUUGUAGCUGUGUGACUAUCUGUUCCAAGUCGUCUGUGUGUGUGGAUGAAUACUAAGGCUGUGGAAUUGAGGGGCUGGGUUGUUGCGGGGUUUAGAGAGGUUACAGUGACUUGUGAUCAGAAAGGAUGUAGAUCAGCGCGUCAGGGUCUUGGAUUAGGAUACAGGGGUAGCUGGCCAGUAUAAUGUACUAGCUCAGCUAGCAGAGAUCUCUCCAGAGUGCCACCUAUAGGCUAGUCUGAACUGUUCUGCUGGUGCGCACAUCCUCAUGGGUUUGUAAAUAUUGUGUGUCAUGUAACAAGGCAGAGAGUGUCUUCACUGAUAAGGAUGGUUAUUUUGCUGUUGUGYCAGAUGUGUACACAAGCAUUCACAAUCUAUAAAGGGUUGAACCUUGAAGUAAAUACUCUCAAUCCCUCCCUUCCAUGGGCCGAAAGAACCACGAUGUUGACGUGUUCAUACCAUGAUCAUGUUUGACUCGGUAGCCAUGAAAUGAUUGUGUGUGUGUAAAAAGUGGAUGUAGGUUCUUGUUUGAAUGUCUCUUGUUGAUAUGUGUUAACUUGCAACGCUAAUGGUAGCAUCUAGGAAUGCUUUCAACCGAAACAAUAGGUCAGGUAUGAAUUAUUAAACAAAGUUUUAUUUUUAUAUCUUAAUGUUAUUAGUUUGAUAGCCAUUGAUGUGACAGUUGAAAUAUCAUCCAACAUAUGGAUUCACCCUGUGAUUCUUUUGUGAAGCUAUAUUUUGCUCCAUGGAUGGCAAAUAAGAAUCAUGCCAUCUUACUAUUAAGCAAGAAUCCGUCUUUGUGUGGUGGGUGUCAUCUCAAAAUAGUUUUUGUUCUGUCUCCCAAUAACAAUUUACCUGCURCUUUUAUUUUGUCAAUUAAAUGUGUUUAAUACUGUACAUUAUUUGUGUGUGUGUGUGCAAUUUCAUUAUUUCAUGAAAGCUAGAAGUUGAUCAUCCUGUUCUGGUCUUAGCAUGCUGUUAGUUCUUCUUCAUAAUAGCAGAAUACACACCUGUCUGCAUUGUUAGCCAAUGUUUGCUCUGUUAUGAAGCCAGUGCACCAAAGAGGAAAACUUGUUUUUGUUUGGGUUUGGAGAAAUAUCUGCACCUAUACUGUAACAUAAAAUGUAUUUUAAAAUUGAGAGCAUAUCAGUUUGACAGUUAACCCGUCAUUCUGCUURUGGAGAAUGAUGGCCACUCGUAUUUUCGGUGCAAAACAGUCAGAAGACCACUUAGGUGUCUUUUUAGUUGUGCCUAAAAUGCAGUGUGACCAGAACGGGUUUGAUCGUGUGUGUGUGGCUCUAGUUAUGUGACAGGUAGUAUAUGAGAAACAAACAGCAAUGCAGGUUUUUGAAUCCUUAAAGAAACCAAAGAAGGAAAGCCAUAGCUUCACAAGCAUGACCAGGGUACAGCUUUUUAUCUAAACCCUGCAGUCAGGCUAACAGUGUGAUGGAGACCAAUGUUGUCACUAUUGAUCUAGCUUAUUUUAGCAUACAAAUAAUUGAAAAGAACCUCAAUUGUUACAUUUGUGGAGUAAAUACUAUUUAAAUUUGUUUUUAAGUAUUUUUGUCGGUAGCCUUUGAGACUUAAUUUCAUGAAUUUCAUCUGUCCUAUGCAUUCUGUCUUUGCAUGACAAGCUGUCUUUGUCCAAGCUAUUUGUACUAUUGGAAUUUGCUUACCUGCAAAUGUGCCCCUGUCACACACAGCUUGCCUCGCCUCCAAAUGUUUGUCUGAUUUGCUCACCUUCAUUUUAAGGUUGUCUUUCAAACACUUAAACAUGCAAUCUUAGUAACACAACUCUAAUUUUUUACUCUUUCUGACAGUGAGGGUUCAGUAUGUGUUAAUGAAUAAUUAUCUUAAUACCUGAUCUGAUUUUGAGAUGAAGUCAUCCUCUAUGGUUUAAGGACACUUUUCUGUUACAUGUGCUGAACCAGGAAGGGCGGGGCAGGUUGUAGUGCUGUUUAUUGAUAAUGGUGAGGACCGAUUCCGCCUUAACAAAUAGAUCUGUACCGUCCUAUCAAGAGGCCUUGUCUGGCAGUGCAAGCCAGUCUCGUUUCGACUUGUAUGUUGCUCAGUGUUCAAUUAUGUCCCUCUUUUUCUGUCCAUGCUCUGAGUUUUUCGGUGGUGCUUCUGCAGUCAAGACAAGUUUAUUUAUUUUAAAAAAAAAAUUUCUCUAGCAAGCAAUGUUUCAGUAUGAAAGCUACAUGUGUGUUAAGUGUAAUAAUGCAGAACUAGUUUCUGUAAAUGUUUUCAAAGUUGUAAAAUAUUCAAAUAAAGAAUCUAGUAUUUGUACUAAAA